AUGUUAACUUCUCAGUUAAAGAAGGUUCACACAUUGGCCACCAGCUACGCCACCACUCUCCGUCAGUGUGUGGAGGUCUCGAACUUGAGAAAAGUCGCGGCAAUCCAUGCAAACCUCCUAAAAACAUUUGAAGCCACAUCCGAUUCUGUAUUCAUCUUCAACCAUUUGGUAAAUGCGUAUGUUAAAAGUGGGGACGUCUGGAACGGCAUCAAGCUGUUCGAUGAAAUGCCUGAGAAGAAUGUGGCGACUUGGACGGUCCUCAUUGCGGGCCUCGAGCAAAAGGGUUUUCCAAAUGAAGCACUUUCUCUUUUUCCGGAUAUGCAUAGGAGUGAAAUCAGGCCGAACGAGUUCACUUUCGUGAGCUUGCUCCACGCGUGCUCCUGCAGUGGGAGUUUAUACUUAACCUGCGCGUAUCAAGUUUAUGCACUGAUAAUCAGGCUCGGGUUUGAGAGCAACGUGUACUUGACCAACGCGUUUUUGACUUCCCUAAUUAGGCACGGCAGGUUGGAUGAAGCUUUCAAGGUUUUCAACGGGAGUUACCAAAAGGAUGUUGUGUCUUGGAAUGCCAUGCUCGACGGCCUUUUGAAAUUCAGCUGUGAUGAUAUACCGAGAUUUUGGCACCAGAUGAUGACCGAAGGAAUAAAACCCGACGAGUUCACAUUCGCAACCAUUUUAACGGGCCUGGCUGAGCUCUCGUAUCUUGAAAUGGGUUCGCCGGUUCAUGCCUUGGUCGUGAAAUCGGGCCAUGGGCGCGAAAGGUGCUUGGGGAAUGCUUUAACCGAUAUGUACUUGAAAAGUCACAAGCUUGACCUUGCUUUUAAAGCAUUCGACGAGAUCCCUCUAAAAGAUGUCUGUUCUUGGACUCAGAUGGCAGCCGGGUGUUUAAAUUGUGGGGAGCUGGUCGAGACACUAAGGGUAUUCGGUGAAAUGAGAAAGGUUGGUGUGAGACCUAAUAGGUUCACUUUUACCACGGGGCUCAAUGCAUGUGCCAGCCUGACACGUUUGGAUGAAGGGAAGAAAAUCCAAGGACUUACGGUCAAAAUAAAGGAAGAAGUUGACACGUGCGUGGACAAUGCUUUGCUCGACAUGUACGCAAAGUGUGGGUGUAUGGAUGGGGCUUCUAGAGUUUUCAGGUCGAUGACCGAACGCUCAGUUGUUUCAUGGACGACGAUGAUUAGUGGUUUUGCCCAAAACGGGCAUUGUGAGAAAGCACUCGAGAUUUUCGAAGAAAUGAGACUGGACAAGGCAGAGCCGAACUAUAUCACAUUUAUCUGCGUGUUGUACGCGUGUAGCCAGGGUGGAUUUAUUGAAAAAGGGCUCAAGUAUUUCUCUUGCAUGAGGGACGAGUAUGGUAUUGAUCCUGGUGAGGAUCAUUAUGCGUGCAUGGUGAAUCUAUUUGGCAGGGCCGGGCAAAUUGAAGAGGCCGAGAAGUGGAUUUUGGAGAUGCCGUUUGAGCCAGGUGUUAUUGUCUGGCAGACAUUGUUAGGCGCAUGCAGGAUGCAUGGGGAUGUGGGGACUGCAAAACGUGCGGCUGAAAAGGCUUUCCAUAUUGAUGAGAAGGACCCAUCGACUUAUGUGCUUCUGUCGAAUAUGUUUGCUGAUUUGGAGAACUGGAAGUCUGCUGGGAAAGUGAGGAAGAGGAUUGUGAAUAUGGAUAUCAAGAAAAUGCCCGGUUCGAGUUGGCUUGAGGUCAGUAAAGGUCAUUCGGACGUGUAG